AUGACGAAUAUGGGUCGUUUGCACUAUUUCCUCGGUAUGGAAGUCACAUAUGAGAAUGGAAAUAUCACUCUAUCACAAAAGAAGUACAUGAGAAAUCUGCUGGAGAAAUAUAACAUGACAUACUGCAACACAGUGUCAACUCCCAUGGAAUAUGGAUUAAAAUUAUCAAAAGAAGAUCCAGAAGAAUUUAUAGAUGAGGGAGUGUAUCGUAGUCUGGUUGGAAGCCUGAUGUACUUAACAAAUACCAGACCAGACAUUAUGUUUGCUGUAAGUAAAGUAAGUAGAUUUAUGGAAUGUCUGAAGAGGAGUCACUGGGAAGCAGCGAAGCGUAUACUGAAAUACAUAAAAGGGACCCAAGAAUUAGGAAUCACAUACUCGAAAGGAGGAAAGAAACAUUUAAUGGGGUACAGCGAUAGUGACUAUGCAGGAAAUAUAGAUGAUAGCAAAAGCACUUCGGGUUAUAUUUUUCAUUUAGGAUCAGGUCCCAUAUCUUGGCAAUCAAAGAAACAAAAGGUAGUGGCACUGUCAUCAACUGAAGCCGAAUACAUGGCUUUAUCCUUGACAGGAUGUCAGCCUUAUGGAUUAAAGGCGUUUUAG